AAGCACUGGGGGAGUUGCAGUGCGAAUUUGACUCUGACUGAGUAAAAGUUCGCCCGGGAUUUCCUUGUGGACAAUAGGACAGAUACACAAAAGCAUGGCAAACAAAGGACAGCAGCCUCCCUACCUUCACUUGGCAGAGCUGACCGCAUCCCAGUUCCUGGACAUCUGGAAACAUUUUGAUGCAGACGGAAAUGGCUACAUUGAGGGUAAGGAGCUUGAAAACUUCUUUAGUCAGCUGGAGAUUGCACGGAGAGGAGCUGGUGUGGACCCAUCAAAUGCAGCCUUUAAAGAGAAGAUGACAGAGUUCAUGCAUAAAUUCGACGAGAACAAAGACGGCAGAAUUGAGAUGUCUGAGCUGGCUCAGAUCUUGCCCACAGAAGAGAACUUUCUCCUCUGCUUCAGACAGUUUGUGGGAUCCAGCACUGAAUUCAUGACUGCCUGGCGAAAAUACGACACAGACCGCAGCGGCUUCAUUGAGGCUAAUGAACUUAAGGGCUUCCUAUCUGACCUGCUUAAAAAGGCAAACAGACACUACGAUGACCAAAAAUUGCAUGAAUACACACAAACAAUACUCAAGAUGUUUGAUCUGAAUGGCGAUGGGAAACUGGGUCUGUCUGAAAUGGCCAGGCUUCUGCCGGUUCAGGAAAAUUUCUUGUUGAAGUUUCAAGGCGUCAGGCUGACUGCUGAGCAGUUCAACGCCAUCUUUGCAUACUAUGAUAAGGAUGGAAACGGCUAUAUUGAUGAGCAGGAGCUGGAUGCUCUCCUGAAGGACCUCUAUGAGAAGAACAAUAAGGACGUGGACUCUAAGAGCCUGACUGGUUAUAAGCAAAGCAUCAUGGCAUUGUCAGAUGGGGGAAAACUGUACCGCACAGAGCUGGAGAUUGUCCUUUGCCGGGAGCCCAUGCUGUGAAUCGAAGCUUCCUGACCUCCAUCUCAGCUCUGUUCAAUACUGUAACCAAGUGCAUGUGCCGGGCACCCCAUUCCCCUCCCAUCCCCCUCUCCAAAUGAGUUUCCUUCCCAUUCCCACACCCCGAUCGCCACUGCUUUCCUUUGCCUACAGACUGCAACUACUAUGAUGCCCUUUGCUCAAAUUUUUAACUAUAUAUUUAAAGAAGAAACUUUCUGAAGCAGACAAAUGGUGUAGCAGACAAAUGGUGUAAAAUGUGAUAUAUUUAUUUUGAGUGCUUGGCUUCAAAUUCUCCUUCUGGUUUCUUUCCUUUCGUUUGGUUUCCUCUUUUGUUUGUUUUUGACCUCAUUUCAUUUAAUUCCUGCCCAAUUAUGUUUGGGUUUGUGAUGUUUUUUUGGCGGAUACUGUUUAAGGAUGUAACAAGAGCAUUAAUAAAAGUUAUGUGAUAUACA